AUGAGCACCUAUCUCAACACCGGUCCGCCUCGGUCCAAAAGCUCUCCCAGGUUGGCAAAAGCAGAUAGCCUUGACGAGAAGUACACCAAACGGAGAAAGCAAGAAUUUGUGGCAGAAUAUAGACAACAGCAAUUGCAGCAAAGACAGCUUCUGACAUUUGGUGGAGUCAUCACCUUUCUCUUUCUGUUUGUCCUGGUUUUCUAUUGGGAGCUUCCAUCCAGUACUGAUAUUCCUGGUCGUACACCAGCGGAUAUUAGUCGAAACAUUAAAAGGCGCCGGAAUCAUCUCCGAGACGGAAGUGGUGACAGUGCUGACCGCCGGAACCCAUUGGGGGCUUCCAUGGAUGACGACUCAGACGAUGAUGACAUUGCAGUUGUAGCAGCAAAACCAAUCGACAAUGAAAACCUGAACAAGAGGAUGGCGCAAACGAUAGAGGAUUUGAAACGAUUCCAACAAGAAAAGGAUCUCUUGCAUCAGCAGCAACUACAACAACACGAAAAGAACAACCCAAAUGUCCACAAUUCCAACCAAGGAUAA